AUGGCCAUUUUCUCCACAAACAAACAAAUCACUAACCUCUUCCACGAUAACUCAAGAGCUCCACUAGUUCAUUAUUCCGGCGACGAUGAUUCCCUCUCCCUUUCUCAUCUCGUUCAUAGCUUCCUCGAAGAAAACACUAACGUCAAUAAUGACUCAGUGGCUAAUGAGUUUGACUCCGACCGAGUCGACUCGGUCGAUGAAUCAGAAUCAUCUACGUUGAAGAGGUUAAAAGCUGUGUUCUCAAACAAUGCGGACAAUUACAGAAACAAGCUUCUCGAGCACGUUUAUGUGGCUUUAGAAAACUUCGCGUUUUUAAGAGAGAGAAACUUUUCGAUUUUCCGGCGAAGCGUGGCGGCGUUUUUGAGAGAGAAAGGACACGAUGCGGCGGUUUGUGUUACUUCGUGGGAGGCUUACGACGGAACUGUAACUGCCGGUAGUCACGAGUUUAUCGACGUGGUACGAAAAGGAUCUGCCACGUGGCGGUAUUUUGUUGAAAUUGAAUUUCGCGCUCAAUUUGAAAUUGCGAAACCGACACGGCAAUUCUCGGAGGUUUUGAACACAAUUCCCGGAGUUUUCGUCGGAGGAGAGAUUGAGAUGAAACGCAGCGUUUCGAUUUUGUGUGAUGCGGCAAAGAGGUGUUUUAGGAGUAGAGAGGUUUCGAUUCCACCGUGGAGAAGAAACCGGUUUAUGCAGAAUAAGUGGUUUGCGCCGUGUGAACGAACCACUAAUUCAGUUCAAGGAAAACCGGUGAGGGUAACGGCGGUGAACAGUGUUAGUUGUAGGUUGUUGGGUUUUGAUGAUGUGGUUAUGGAGACUAGACGGGGAGGAGCAGUUGCUGUUCGUACAAGAUGA